AUGGGGAUCCGUUUGGUUUUGAUAUUGGCGAUAGCCGUUUGGUUCGGUGGAACAUCCGGAGCUCCGUGUGGCGGGUGCUGUUGUGUACAACCCUGUUGCUGUUCCUGUGAUGAACCAGAACCGGAGUUGAUCUACUACACGGAUGGCGUCGAGACACGUUCAGCGUCGAAUCCUUUCAACAAUUUGUGGUACAAUGUGGGAAAAGCCGUUGGCCAAUGGGUUUGGGUGCCAGGCGUAGGCCAGCCCGGUAUGGCAGCUCUUCCUGGACUGUCACCUCCGAUGGCAACGCCACAAAUGCAAGUUGACGGUGAACCAACGGGAGCAGCUUCGGAACUCAGUGGCGUUGUGGACCCUUCUGGAUCGAGUGGAGGAGAAAUGAGUGCAGUGGAUGAAUUGACCCAGGAACCUGAACAACAACAACCAGAGACCGAACUUGGGCAGGAGCUGGAGCCACAAGGUGGUCAACAGUUGGAACCGGAAUCCGGACAGGAAUUGGUGCCACAGAUUGAUGUGGCAGUAGACCAAGGGGUUGACCAGGAGCUUGAGCCGCAACUUGGGCAACCCGUGGAAACAGAAUUUGGCCAGCAGCCAGGACCACAGAUGACGGAGCCAUCUGGACAAGAGCAAGGCCCAGGACAAACUGAUCAGCAACAGGGGCAGUUCGUACAGCUGCCUGCACAGCAAUUCCCUGUUCAGCAAUUUCCACAGGCACCUGCGCAGCAGCUCCCACAGCAGUAUCCACAGCCACCUGUUCAGCAAUAUCCACAACAGCAACCGCAACAAUCGCAACAACCUACACAACAGAUCCCCCAGAAACCUGCUCAACAGUUUCCACAGGCACCUGCACAGCCAUUCCCGCAGCAGUUCCCACAGCAAUAUCCGCAGUAUUAUCCACAGUACUAUCCUCCGCUACAGUAUCCACAACAACCGGUGCAGCAGUCUCCACCAUACUACACGCCGCAGCAGCCCGGGCAACACUACGCCCCACCGUACAUGCCACAGUACCCUACGCAACAAUAUCAGCAGCAGCCUGGACACAGUUCGCCGCAGUACGGUCAACCGCACUAUCAGUGGCCAACGGCACAGCAACCGGGACCUGGAGGAAACUAUCAAGCACCAGCGUACAGUGAGAACUCUGGUAAUAAGUUUAAGGUUAAACAUUCGAAGAAGAUUAUUAGGGACACCUACUACCACCCGGUGGAGCCAGUCGCAAAUUCGGCUAAAGAGAAAAAAACCUAA